AACCGUAAACAUAAACAAAAGAAAUGGAGGAGGAGCAACAAUUUACGCCGGAACCGAAAAACUCCGCGCAAAAAGGCGCAGAAAAGCCUGCAAGGAUUCCGAGAGAGGUGAAAGUUAAGCUGCAAAGGCAACUAAACAGACUGGGCUACUCACAGCAAAUCCUGCUCGAAGCAGCCAAGCAGCAAAAUCAAAAUAAUUCGAAUGGCAUUCUCCAGUAUGUGGCCGACAUGAUUGGCAAGGGCGAGGAAAUGGUGAAAAACUGCGACUCCGUUAGCUUAAACAACAUUAACCAGUGGCUGGAGCUCAUGAAAAGUUCGCAACUCGCUGAACUCUGCGAAUUCGAAGCAGCCGUCGUUGUGAACUCCAUAAUCCAAAAUGAGACAAAGCCAUCGCCAACGGAACUGAACGGCAUUGACUUGAAUGAGGCCUACAAGUUUCUGGAAAACGCUUUGAUGGGCCAGCCGCAAAAGAAGAUGAGCGAUGCGACCAAAGAAUUUUUGUCCAAGGAAAUUGAGCUGCUCAUAGAGAAGGCAAACACCGACGAAUCCGACGAUGUGGCACGCAGCAUGGGGCAGCGUUUAUUUGACCACCAGUUUUUGGAUUACAUGGAACAGCGGCAAAAGUGCAGUUUGGAUCCACUAUUCCUGGACGAGAAGCUAACGUAGAGGCUGUUAUUGAGUAAUUGAGGAAUUUAGCACACAGAGCAUUUAUUCAUUUCCACACAUUUAUUAAACAUUUAAAUUCAAUUGUUUGUUACAUACGUACAUUGUCACACGCAUUUGCACCGCUCCAUUAUCAUCAAUCAAAUCAUCGGAUCCCACGUUUAUACAUUAUUAGUAUUACUAUGCCAAAUGCCCCAACCUUUGUACGUAUUAAUAUUUGAUAAUUACACUCUUAAUUAAGUACUUGACUAUAAACAGUUUUAGCACAUUUAAAAUCUAGAAUUCCUUUAGUUGUACACAAUUACUUCGAGUAGUGUAAGAAAAAGUUGUGGGUCUUUGGCCUUUGGAUUCUCUCAAUUGCAUAACAUUUAUUGUGCAUGAUUGUUUUCAAUUGUUGGGGCUGCCAAUUAGCAUUGCAUAGACUAGUGUAGAGAUAGGUAGUUUAGUUUUAGGUUUUGCUACGAUUAGCUUUGUUUUAAACUUUAAGAGGCAUAAAAACAGUUGAGUGCUGCUUGACUCCCAUAGCAUCACAAUAGAAUCACAAGAGACAGAGUUGGCUUCAUUUCAAUUCAAUUCAUUAGAGGAUCUAGGAUGGUACACUUACGAUAACAUAACGUACAUACGAUCAGAAUUACAUACAAAUUCGAAUACAAAUAUAAUACCCUUUUGUUUUAGGCGCAGUUACUAGCACUAAAACGAUCUUCACACAAUCAAAUGCAAUUCAAUAAUGUACAUAAUAUAACUCUUAAAUGUUCAGUCCAGUUUGAGCUUUUGGUUUUCCCCUUUUUCUUUGAUUUAGAUUUUGUUUUUAAUUUUUUCAUUUUUAAAUUUUUUUUUUUGUUUCUUGUGUUUAGGUUUCUGUCUUGUCGCGU